GUUGUCAAGGGAGAUAUUUUCGAAAAGUAAGUAAACAGUCUAUGAAAAUUUAGUAUAAAAGCCCAGAAAAGACACACAGAAGGCACAUUCACUGACAGUGCACAACCAUGAAGGUACUAGUUAUUCUUUCUCUCGUAGCUCUCUGCUACUCAACUCCCAUCGCCGUACACAAGCGUGUGACAGUUGAAGAAGAUGGCACUAUUACCAUCAAGGGCACUCACGGCAGUGAACUCGACAUUUACAAAUCCGUAAUUGACCCAACCAAACUUAACAUCAUCAUCAAGAGCCGACUUGGAGUCGCCAGAAAAAUCCAAAUAGAUAAUACCGCCGACAUCAAGAACGUUAACUUCAACUCCCUGGAUGCCAGAUUCUUCAAGAACUUCCCAAGCGACAAAAUCACCCAAGCUAAUAUCCUUGUUCACAUUUUCCGUGAAUACGAAGGUCUUGUAGAUGAACCCACCUACAAAAUCUUGUUGGACAGGAUUAAAACUUUGGUGAAGGAAGGAUUCCUACACGAAGCUAUCUUGGAAGCAUUGAAGACUUUGGAUCAAUUACGUAUGGUUGAAGACUUGAAACAAGAUGAAGCACAAGAUCUUAUGGACGACGUUGUAAGAGAAAAGUUAGCUAAAGAUGCCGCAUACCCAGUAGAGGAAUUUAGCCAAUGGCACAGAGCUAGUAGAGUCACACCAGAUGAAGGUCUAUUUGGAUGGAACCAAUACAGAAACGUCUUACCCGUUCAAGGAUAUCACGGUAUCCAAGGAUUAUGGGAUACCCAAAACUGGACCCCUCUCAAACGUCAAAUGCUUCUCCAACACAUGAGACAAAUGCAAUACGGAGAAGAUUUAGGAGAAUUAUCGCCAAUUGAAAUGUUGAAAGAACAAGAACUGGAACGUGAAUUGGCUCAUCAACAAAUCAUGCAACAAAUCUACCAACACCAACUUAGACAAACUGAAAUGAGCCCCCUUAACCGUUAUUUGUAUAAAUUGGGAGUUUUGAGAGGACAGAGAUUCUUUAACCCACAACAAUUAAGAGUUCCCAAAUUCCAUUGGGGUCAAUCGGAAAAUCGUUACCAAAAUGAAGAAUUUCCCCAAGAAUUUGAAAGUUUAGUUGAACAAGGUCGUUUUUUACCACAAGAAAUUGAUCGUUUUCAACAAGAUCGUUUCAACCCCCAAGAUACUGAUUUCCAACAACAACAACAACAAUACGGUUACAGAAGAUUUCCCAUGUCCUACUAA